ACACUGUGGCGCGCGCUGUUCCUCCUAAAUGAGUCCUUCAUGGACGAUACCAAUCGGGGCACUUAUUAGUGGCCACCCGAGCGAGCAGGGAUUAGUACGCUUCCCGCCUGCUACACUUACACAUCAGAAGAAACAAAAACAAGUGACAGUGCUCCAAAUUUGAAUUUCGAAAAUUACAUUGCUGGCUGAAAAGUUUUGUUGGAAAAAGAAGUUUGCGCCAAUAAUGGAAAACUUCCUGCACUAUCAGUGCAGUAAUGAGAGUUGGGAGCAGCAGGUUUCGUUCGCGACUGCUGCGCAGGCGCUGCCGAGUGCUGCAGAAGUUCCAGCUGUCAAGCAGAGAUGCCAGGCUAAUGCCAGGGAGCGUGAUCGGACGCAGAACAGCGUGAACUCGGCGUUCAGCACACUGCGGCGGCUGAUCCCGACCGAGCCGGCGGACCGCAAGCUCAGCAAGAUCGAGAUCCUGCGCCUCGCGGGCUCCUACAUCACGCACCUCGACAACCAGCUCUAUACAGGAGAGAUGGCGCAGCCGUGUCUUCAGAAACAUGAAAUAGACAGCAAAAAUCCGUCACUGUGCACGUUUUGUUGGUCCGCCGUCCAAAAAGUGAAAUAUUCGGCUCCUCCAGGAACUGUUGGAUAUUUUCCGUUCUGAAAUGCUGCCAUCAUCAUCACAUUCCUGUCAUGCGUCUAAGGUCAAAAAUUUAAACGAGAUUAAUUAUAUUUCUGACCUACUACCUACUCGUAUACUG